UUACAGGCAGCAGUGAGGCCUUUGUUUGUAUUGUAGAACUGGGUGAAAAUUGAUUGCCUUGUAGGACUUGAGCUUUGGCAGAUGAACAGAGCUUUGCCUUAACCAUUAAUGCAGUUUGGGGAAUGGACUGGCUCUAUUUGCCUACUGUAAGUGUUUGUGAAUAUGAUGUUCAGUGGGCAGAAUUUUAAUGCUCUGAGCAUAUUUAAGUGGAAAUGGCAUGGUGAAUCAUCUUUGUCAAACCGCUUGCUUGACGAUGUUCCACCAGAGAUUGAAUUGUCUGACUAUAGAAGGGUGCCAAGUCCUGGUUGCGAGAGCCCUUCAGGGCUUCUUAAUGGCGAGAGCUUGAAUGUGGAACCAAUUGCUGAUUUGGACCUGUUCUUUGAAAGAUUAUACAAUUACUAUUGCGAGAAAGGGCUUUGGUGUAUUAUUAUAAAGUGGAUAGUUGAGCUUUUUAGCAUCUGUUUCACCAUCGGUUUCUCAGGAUUUUUUUUAUUAUAUGUUGAUUGGAAUGGUCUUCGUAAUGCUAAGUGUGGGAUGGAUGCAGUUGAAUCUGGAAUCAAGCCUUGUGAUCUUGCUAAAGAAGCUCUCCAUCUGCACCCAUUAACCCCUCUUACGCUUUCAAAAGCUAUCAUUGUUGGAUAUUUAGGGUUAUUUUCUAUAUACUGGAUCUUCUGUUUCUUGAGGUUUUUUGCUCAAAUGAGGGACAUUCUUGGUAUCCGGCACUUCUAUUAUAACAGUCUCCAUGUCACAGACAAUGAAAUUCAAACCAUGUCAUGGGCUACAGUUCUUGAAAAGGUUGUUCAGUUGCAACAUUCACAACAACUGUGUGUGGUUAAGGACCUUACUGCUCAUGACAUCAUGAUGCGAUUGAUGCGGAAAGAGAACUACUUGAUUGGAAUGCUCAAUAAAGGAGUGCUUGCUUUUCCAAUCUCCCUGUGGAUUCCAGGUGUUGGCCCAACUGUCAGGACAGGUUCAAAUGGAAUGCAGCAUCGCCUAAUACUAACAAAGCCCCUUGAGUGGACCUUAAAUUGGUGCAUAUUACAGAGCAUGUUUGAUCGGAACUUUUGUGUUAGGAGGGAUUUCAUUUAUAAUCCUAAUGCAUUAAAGAAAAGGCUUAUGGUAGUUGGUCUUGCAAUGGUUGUCCUUUCACCAUUUCUUGUUAUAUUCAUGCUGGUGUAUCUCUUCCUAAGGCAUGCCGAACAAUUUUAUAAUCAUCCAAGCACAGCAUCAUCUCGAAGAUGGUCAAAUUUGUCAAGGUGGAUUUUUAGAGAAUUCAACGAGGCUGACCAUUUGUUCAAGCAUCGGAUCAGUAGCAGUGCGAUGCACGCUUCAGAUUAUUUAAAGCAGUUCCCUUCACCUAUUAUUUCAAUCAUCGCAAAGUUCAUCUCUUUUGUCUCUGGAGGCUUUGCUGCUAUCCUGAUCAUCAUUGCAUUUCUGGAGGAAUCUUUGCUAGAGGGCCAUAUAUUUGGGCGCAACUUGCUUUGGUAUGCUGCUGUUUUUGGAACUAUAACAGCUAUCAGCCGGGCUGCUGUUACAGAAGAGCUCCUGGUCCUUGAUCAAGAAGGGGCAAUGUCUAUGGUGGUCCAGCACACGCAUUAUAUGCCAAAGAAAUGGCGAGGCAGAGAAAAUACUGAGAGGGUCCGUAUGGAGUUUGAAACCUUAUUUCAGUAUACUGGAAUGAUGUUACUUGAGGAGAUGGCUUCAAUUUUCCUCACGCCAUUCUUGCUUUUAUUUGUUGUCCCAAAGCGUGUGGAUGACAUCUUACAGUUCAUAGCAGAUUUCACAGUGGAUGUUGAAGGUGUUGGCCAUGUUUGCGGUUUUAGUGCUUUUGAUUUUCAAAACCAUGGAAAUAGCAAUUAUGGCUCACCCUACAAUGCACCUCGCUCUCGGAGGAGUUGUCAGGGGAAGAUGGAGAAAUCAUUUUUGAGUUUCCAGAGUAGCUAUCCUUCGUGGGAACCCAACAUUCAGGGAAAGCAGUUUCUAUUAAAUCUUAGAACUUUUAGGGACCAAAAUUUGCAAGGACAGGGAGCUAGACACACGCACUCUUCUCCUAGAAUGUGGCGAGGGAACCCCAGCUUCAGAGGCCCCGGUGAUAGAAACAUUCCUUUUUCAAGGGAAAUGCCAUUUAAUACUUCAGGUUUUCAGCUGGGUUCUUUGUCGCUACUUGAUAUAGAUCAGAGGAAUCAUCCUUAUCUUCUUGAUUGGUAUUAUACUUCUCGACCUCAUUGUUCAACUAACAACACGAAAGAUGCCACAGCAGUACCAUUUGAAGCAGCUGAGCAACGGCAUUCCAGGGAUUAUUGGACGCCAUCCAACUUGGAACAAAAUGAAGCAAGACAUGAUGAAGAGUUCUGGGAUCACAAUUACCAGGACCGUUUGGAGUCUCAUUUGGGUGCUUCUACUUCUGCCCCAUUCUUCCAGGAAAGUGUACUUCAACAUCAUGACUCCAGCAACCUUGCACAUCCUACUAGGAGCCAUUGGUGGGUAAGAAGUGGCCCGUUUGGUGCGCAGCCCCAAGCAAGCUUUCUCGAGCCUCCUGAUUUCCACCGAGCAAGUUUUCUCGAGCCUCCUGAUUUCAACCUCUAUGCUUCUGAAAAUCGCUAUGAUAAUUUAUCGGAAGAAAGCUUAGAGGAUCAUGAGCAACACUUGGACUGGAGAAGCACUAACAGGUUGUCCCGGACCACUUAUUUGGAUGAUGACAUUGAAGCGGGAAGGAGUGUGAGUCUUCUUUUUGAUGACAUUUAUAGCAGACCACCUGACACACCCCCUGCAUUUCGAGAACCCCCUAGCUUUUGAGAGUCCAUUACCUCUUCAGCAGCUCGAGGGGUUCUUGUUUUUAGAUUUGCGGAAUGCAUAUGGGUUUCCGAAGAUGGACUGUAAUUUCUUCUGGGUGUAAAGAGGAAACCAUGUAUUCUUUGUUGUACAUAAGAUUCAUCACGAGGUUAGAUUCUCAAGUAGGCCUCGUCCCAAUUUGGAAGGUAACAGACUCCUAUGU